UGAGAUACCGGAACACACACUCCCUUUGCGUGUGGGUUAAUGGACUUUUCCGCGUCAUUCGCGGUACAGUAGCAUGAAGACGCAUGACCAAAGGGCGUUGUUAUUACGUUACCGAGGAACUGAUCAGGCGCCGUGCGGAGCACAAUAACUGCGAGAUACUGUCAUUGGAGGAAGUGUCUCUGCACCAGCAAGAUAUUGAGAAGAUUGAGUACAUCGACAAAUGGUGCAAAGAGCUAAAAAUACUCUACCUACAAAAUAACAUAAUCUCAAGAAUUGAAAAUGUUAACAGGUUGAAGAAGUUGGAAUACUUAAAUCUAGCAUUAAACAACAUCGAAGUAAUAGAAAAUCUUGAAGGAUGUGAAAGUUUACAGAAGCUGGACCUGACGGUUAACUUCAUCGGAAAGCUAAGCAGCAUAGAGUCUCUGAGGCACAAUCUGCACCUGAGGGAGCUCUUUCUGGUGGGCAACCCAUGCACAGAGUUCGAGGGCUACCGACAGUUUGUAGUGGCUUCUGUGCCACAGCUGAAGUGGCUGGACGGCCAGGAAAUCCCACGGUCGGAGAGGAUCCGUGCGGCACAAAGCCGAGAGGCGGUGAGGUGUCGUGUCCGUGAGCAGGAGCUGAAGUACCUGCAGAAGAGAGCACGGGAGAAGCAAGAAGCCCAGGGGAUUGGGGAAGAUCAGAAGCUAAGGAAGAAGAAGGACAUGAAGAACGUGCUGGGGUCUGAUGGCUGUUGGGACACCAACAUCAACAACAUAAUCCCUGAUGAAAACAAGGAGAACCAGAAGGAGCAGAAUCCGGAACAGGAACCGGAUUCGGACAGGGAAUUCUGGGAAAAACCAUGCGCUUUCACCCCAGAGUCCCGACUUGAAGCCCAUCGUCACAUGGAAGAGAAGCGAAGGCAGGAAGAAAAAGAGAGGGCAAAGGACCUGAAGCCCAAGAAUCCAAGGACACUUGUCACGAAGGAGGGACGAGUCCUCAACGUCAACGAGCCCAAGCUGGAUUUCUCACUGAGAGAUGAUACGGAGGUCAGCCAGCUUGUCCUGGAUCUGGCAGUUUACAGACACAUGGAUACCUCUCUAUUGGACGUGGAUGUUCAGCCGACGUACAUUCGAGUGACUGUGAAGGGGAAGGUUUUCCAGCUCGUCCUCCCCGCUGAGGUGCUUCCUGACAGCUCGACGGCUCAGAGGUCCCAAACCACAGGUCACCUGGUUGUCACCAUGCCGACGGCUCAUGGGGAAAUUACACAAAAAACAAUGGCUGCCCAUUUUCCCAGAGUGUCAGCCCAUGGUGAAGGAGCUGCAGAUGUAACGGGGACAGUAAAAGGAGUUCAGAGGCUGGAAGUUGACCCAAGCAAGCACUCUGGAAUAGAUCUGGCCAACAUUGUGCCCAGAGAGAGGAGCACCGGUGACGGGCCCCUGAGGCUGCGGACGACCCCAGAAGCAGCUGGAGCCUGUGACUCCGAAGACUUCGAAGACGACCCUGAGGUGCCACCUUUAAUGUGAAAGAUUUCCACACGCGGCCUCUGCUGCUGCUGCCGUCGUCCUCACGUAACACUUCGCCUGAGACAUCAAUCCCUGUGGAUCCUCUGGUUUUCGGGAUUCUUCUAGGACUUUCGGAAAUAGUGCCAUAAGUGGAACUCCUCAACGUUUCACGUAAGAGCUGAGAGCAGACAUCCACAGUAAAUAAAUGGAUCCAUUUCUAUCUGAGGGCUGGAACCACACAGAAUAUGAUCUAGUGGUGGUGGUCUGUCCAAGUGAGGUCAUAAAUUUUGCUGUUAAGGUUAUGGUCUUACUUGGGGAAUUGACGUACAAGGUCACAGGCCUUACUGUCUUUUAAGGUUGUUUCUUCUUUAGUUUUUUAAACUUUUGGCCCAUAGUGGUGUUCAUACUGUUAUUGUCAUUAUGAAUUUCAACAGCAGUGGAUAGUCCAGGUCCAGAAAGUAAAAAUCCAGACCAAGAUUUUGUUUCAACCAACCAUUUGAGUACUCUAUGAAGGUGACUCUUUAUACUCAACUGAAUGGUUGAAACAAAAUCUUUGUCUGGAUUUUUACUUUCUGAACCUAAACUUUCUGCCUUUGAAUUUCAACAAUAGCAGAAGCAAAGUUAAGUACUUCUUGAUGUCCUUAUUUUGAUCCUUUCUUGCAGCAGCUCCCUAAAAUUGCUUAGAUUGGAAAGACCAUGUAGAAAGAGCAUCAGACCUUCUCCUACAAUGCCCCUCCAGGACGUCUUAAUACGUAUAUCUGGAUCGAGAACGUUGAUUAAUAUUAGUGCCGUGUUUAGCCAUUUUGGGUGCAUGCCCCCCCCCCCCCCCCGUUACCUUACCGUGAGCCACUAAACCCCAUUUGUUGCUUGGAGCCAGCCUCCCCCUAUGACAGCAUGAUUUACUGCCGUAGUUUAUCUCUGCUGACGCUACAGCCAAUCACAGACCUGCUAAAGGUCUGCUGUAAUUACAUUAUGGUACUGUUCCAAACUGUCACGUUCUCCCAGCGCACAAAUCUUCCCAUGAUCACAUGCGGGAAUUCCGACAAAAUCCAAGAGCUGCCCCAUCUCUGAUGGCCAGUGGAUCGCAUUGCUCCUCUCAUAACCUCCUGAGAACCCCCACAAUGUCCCUCUGUAGUCGGCCAUUUUUCACCGUUUCCUUGAGCCAGAGUAUACAGUACGCAUAACAGACACAGAAUCAUCACUGUGCCUCUAUAUUUCCUUUCUACUCUUGCCCAGUUUGCUGAAGUUUGUAAUAGACUAGUUUGUAAUCUAUGCCUGUCAUUUGUUGAUUCCUACAUUUUUUUGUUCUGCAUUAAUAUAGCUUUCCAAG